AUGGCGGCCACUGGUGGCCUCGCGAUUUUAGUCGAUGAGAAACGCGUCAACGAGUUGCUACAACAGAAGAGUGGCAUCAAGGCCUUGCUGAGGUCGGCCUUCAACACCAUUCUGUUCGUUUGCUUCCUACUGCUCUUUACCUCGCUGGCACUCAGUGAGCCGCGCAACAAAAUGAGAGCUUUUGAAGGUUUCCUGCGGAAACGUUUCGAUGAAGCUUCACCAGUUCGAUUGGAGGAGGUUCAGUCCGUGGAUGGCUUCUGGAGAUAUUUCAACGAACCUUGGGAACACCAUGCAUUGAUCAAAAUAUUUGUUGGCAUUUGA